ACACAACUCAAGAAGGAAAAGGAAGCAAAACAAGGGACUACCACGAAUCCUUUAAGUAGUCCCUCAAAAGCCAUCCUUUGCUCUCUCUAGCCCUUCGUACAACUUGCCUAUAAAUUCCAACGUACUUUUUCUCGUAAACACAUCCUUGAAAAACGUACGCAGAGACUAGCAAUCCUCCUUUGGAUCGUAAAACAAUGUCUCUGAUGAUCGGCGGAUCUCGUUUCACAGUUAAUGGAAUCCGAAGGGCAAUAACCUUCCAUUACUUCUGGUGUCAAAAUUGCCAACAUAUUGUGAGGGUUCCCUCCACAAACCUAUACGAAAUAUGUCCCCAAUGCUUCCAUGAGUUAUAUCUUCAGCUGGAGGUGUCAAUGCAUAGGCUUGUCACUGAUUCCAGGGGCCCAGAACCGUCCCCUGCGACUCGCCUACUUCACCCAUCUACGAGGCGUCUUCCAAAUACUGGUUUUGAUCGGAGAUUUGAAUGGUUAUCAGAAGUUGAAGAUGGGCCGGUUCAGCAAGCUUGGAUUACCCUUGAAUUCGUCCUACCGAAUCGUCCUCCAAGACCCAUUUCGCCAACAGAAAAUGUGUUUGUCCAGGACAAUAACGUUAGCGAUGCCAUGGUUUGGCAGAAUGACCGACCAGGACCUCCUCCCAACGCCGCUUCAGCCAUUGAAGCCUUGCCAAGGGUGAAACUCACGCAAAAGCAUUUGGACAACGACCCGAGUUGCCCGGUAUGCAAGGAAGAGUUUGAUCUUGGUGGAGAAGUCAGAUUGAUGCCGUGCAAGCAUUUCUAUCACUCUGAUUGCAUUGUCCCUUGGCUGCGCAUCCACAACACUUGCCCUGUUUGCCGCUAUGAGCUGCAAGACAAUUCCAACAACGAUCUUGAAGGCAGAGAUGAUGAAGAUUUUCGCUUGGAAGGCGGGCCAAAUUGGUUGAACUGGUUAUGGAGUCGGCUGUUCUCUAUGUGGCCUUUCCGUGUAGUGUUGGAUUUGACACGUCGCUACCUUGAUUUCGAAGAUGCUAGCUCAGCCUCUCAUGGGGGUAGUUCCUGGUGACGCUCUUGGCUCAUUCUAUAGCCUUGUGUUUAUAUCAAUGCCGGUGCUAAAAACAGUUUGUGCGAGGCUCUACAAUUUACAAUUAUGUUGCUUUUAAGACAGGUAAAAAUAUUAACUUUGGUAAUGAUUAACAAGAUGUAACACUGAGGAAAAGACGAUGAAGCUUGACAGGUAAAUGUUCUGUUCUUUAACUAAAUCAUCCUAAUGAUUUCAUUUUCCCAAUAUUUCGAACAUAAUUUAUUCGACUUUGUUGGUUGACCAAAUGUAUGUAGCUGUUGUGUGAACUCCUGGUGAUUUUUGGAAACUGAUCGAUCUAUACCAGUGAUGUAGGACAAAACUGUUUCAUUUAAACAAUUUUCGCACGUUCAUUAUGUUAAAAUGUCACUUAUUAUUGUUUCUUGAUCUUGACAUGUUGCAGUUUCUCUGACCAUGUUGCAGUUUCUGAUUUUCAUGAAGGUAAGUUUAGCUUUGAGACCUUCAUUAGCUUGAUGGAUUUAGUUUCAGGAACGGUCGUGUGCCUUGGAUAAUACACUAUCGUGGAUUCAAUCUCGAGUGGAAUUGUACCUGCAUGCAGUAACCAGUUGAUAUAUAUGUAAUCUUUCAGAGCUGUCUGAGCCUAACCUAUUGUUUGCAGUAUUUCCCACAUUUUCAUUCUCUUUUCCACAUGAUUGCUUAUUCUUCUUUGUAAUUCAUUGAUUUCAUUCCUCACCCCCAUUGAAAAUUUGAAACGUUGUAACUAAUGCCUCAUUGACCUGUAAAAACACCCCUAUUGCAUCUCACUUUGGAGGUUAGUCCAAUUUGGACAGGAAUAGGAGUCGAGUAGCUGUGUUCAUUGAACCUGCUCGGUUUGAAUUAAUGGAUGUGUAUGGAUCCUGAUGUCCUAUCUACUCAAGAAGUUCAUAAAGUAGCAAUGUUGCGACUGACACCUUUUCAUGGUAGUGUUUUUUGAAGUCAUUCUGAACUUAUUGAUGUUCAAACGAAUUAUCAAAUACAGAAUGCAUUGUGAAAAAAGGCAUUUCAUAUGUUCAUCUUCAAUGCAAAUUAAACUUCGUUUAAUGGGGCUGGUAGACGCAAUUUACACUCCAAACUGACACUCAGGCAGUAGUUUUGGAGUAUGGAGUGAGAGAGGGAGUGGGGAAUGGUGGGUCCAACUCUGCCUUGCUCUUUUUAUUCAAUGUCUUGGUUGUUUUCUCCACCUUUAGUCAAACUCCCAGUGCUUGAUUCAGGUUGGAGCAGUUGCUGUGUUUAUCACUAGGCAUAGACAAUUGGUUGGAGGUGGCAAAGAAGUUCUGCAAGACAUGGCACUGGUUACUGUUUUGACUUUUCAAUAUGCUAUGUUUCUCACUUCCCUAAGUUCCCUUACCAAUCUCAAAUUUUGCAAUUUUGUCCUGAUAUGAAAAGAUAUGGGGCAGUCAAACUGUGAUUCAGUUCAAACAUGUCUAUUUCUUCUUAGCCUGUCAAAAUUCUCUCCAAAUGAGCGAGGGACCCUGUCCUAGUCGUGCUGCAUCUGCAUCAUUUCUACUUCUUCCUCCAUGUGGUUCUUUGUUUCCAUGCAUUUUGGUUGAUUAUUUUAAAUUUAGAGCAUGGACGUCCCCACACUCUUUCUUCUGCCUUCAACUACAAGUACUAAUUUCUGAUACAGGGCUUACAACUUCAGUUUGGAGGCCUGCUUGGCAGUUGGCGGAGCUGCUACGCCUUGGCUUCUUAGACCUGCAGCGUGCAUGGGAGGAUGUGUCCAUGUCAAGGGAUGGACAAGGAUCCAAUGUUCUACCUCAAUGCUCAUCAA